GGGGCGCUCGCGGCCAUGGUGGAGGGCCCGGGCUGCGCGCUCUGCGCCGAGCGCCUGCGGGCGCGCCUGCGCCGGGGACAGCGCGUGCGGGCCGCGCGGGGCGGCGGCGCGACUGCUGCAAGUAAAGAGAGAAUCACUGGUCAUGAUUUUCUUGUUGGACAUGUUUACAGAGGUGUGGAGACAUUGGGAAAGGAACUUUUUAUGUAUUUUGAUGAGAAAGCUUUGAGGAUUCACUUUGGUAUGAACGGUUCCAUGCGCAUUAAUCCUGAUGGAAGCAAAGACAGAAAUGGAGCACAGCCAGUUUUGGAGAUACAGCUUACAGAGGAUACCAUUUGUUUUUGCGAUGUGACAGUAGAGUACAGAAAUGCAGCUGAGUGUGAGCAGAAAGUGAGGAUGAUGGAAAGCUUGGAUGUCUGUUCUCCAAAGUUUAGCUUCUCAAGAGCAGAACAUGAGAUUAAGCAGCAGAACACCCGCAUGUUGUGUGAUGUGUUACUGGAUCAAGCAGUAUUACCUGGAGUGGGAAAUAUCAUAAAAAAUGAAGCACUGUUUGAUAGUGGUCUUCAUCCAGCUCUUAAGGUUUGCCAGCUGACAGAUGAGCAUAUACGUUACUUGGUGAAAAUGACACGUGAUUUUACCCUGCUUUUUUAUAAGUGCCGCAAAACUGGGUCUCCACUCUACAAGCACUACAGAGUGUACAAGCGCCCAGCCUGCAGGGAGUGCAGUGGCAGCAUCACUGUGUGCCGUCUGGGAGACAACAACAGGAUGACUUACUUCUGCUCUCGAUGUCAAAAGGCAGACCCCCAGCUUGUCAAUCUUAGCAAACUGCCAGCUAGAAAUAGCCUAAUUGGCUGGGCAUAUGGCAGGGGGUCAUGUUCUAAUGAACACAUAGCUCAGAAAUCUGAAGAGGAGUGGACGUGUAUGCACUGCACCCUAAUAAACAAGCCUUCUGCUGAAAUUUGUGAUGCCUGUUUGACUUCAAGACCUGAAGUUCCAAAGAUGAAGAGUUUUGAAGAUUCUACAGCCUUUAACGCCAACUUAAUGAAGUACCCUUGUAAUGAAUUCAGAAAACCAAGCACAGAAAUAAAGAUCAAUAGGAAAACUGCAUUUGGAACUACAACUCUUGUCUUAACAGAUCUUGGUAACAAAACUGUUUCGAGAAAUGAUACCCAGAUAUCUGAUGGACACUCUCAGUGUGUUGUUCCAAAAAGCACGUGUAAACAGAUGGAAAGCAAUGCCUGCCAGUCAGGGGGAAGCAAAGACAAGGACUGCUCAACACACGUAACUGCUCUGGCAUUGUCCUCCUGUCAGCAGCCUGGGUCUUUCAAACAUAUACAGAAAAAACAGAAAACUGAUCAUACACCUUUGGUUCACCCGCAUAAUACAGCAAUCAGCGCAUCUCAAACUAAUGUGACAAGUGAUACUCGUAUGUUAAGCAUGGAGCAUCCUUGCUGCAGUAAACACAGUCGUCUCUGCAGCCUCAGAGUUGUGAGAAAGGAUGGAGAAAACAAGGGAAGGCAAUUUUAUUGCUGCCCUCUACCCAGGGAAACUCGGUGUGACUACUUUCAAUGGGCUGACUUGGAUUUUCCAUUUUGUAACCAUGGCAAGCGAUGUGUUAUGAAGACUGUGUUGAAGAUUGGUCCCAAUAAUGGAAAGAACUUUUUUGUGUGCCCUCUUGGGAAGGAAAAACAGUGUGGCUUCUUCCAGUGGGCAAAAAAUGGGCCAGGCCCUACCAGAUGACCCUGACUCUCUUCUCUGGUACAAAAGCAAGCCCAGCAAUUUGGUGGGGUCAGCUAGAACUUUAAUUUUUCCAGAAGUUUUGCAAGACUCUUCAUAAAGGUGUGAGUUUAAGGACGUCAAGAUUCAGGAAAAUAUGUACUCAGAUUGCAGAAGAAAACAAAACGAUUCCCACUUAUUCCCUGCAAUAAGAAUGAAUGAAUGUAGCUGUUUCAGUUAUACAAUAUCCUGAAACAUAAAUUUCCUGUACUUGGCCAUAUGAUUAACACAGAUGGCAGUUAACAGUCUCUCACCUAAAUCAGCGUGCAGUACAUCAUCCACUUUUCUCUUCAGGCUGUAACACUGCUUUACCAGAUAGCUCACCCUGAAACAUCAUUUCCGAACACAUGCUUCUGUAACCCUGUUAAGUAAGGCUAAAGUAAACAUUCUUGAAUGUAAGAAAGAUUUACUGAUCAUUAAUUAAUUACUGAGAUUACAAUUAUAUCUGUUAAAUUGUUCUCCUGUGGACAGGCUGCUAACAUUGCCAGAACAUCAUUACAAAUAUUGAAAUUUGUUAACAGUGUAAAUUCCACACACAGUAUGGCAGACCUGAAACUGCAACUGCAUAAAGAAAAGGGUCGUGCCUAGGCUGGUAAUCUCACAUAUUUGGUUUGAGAAUAAAAUUUACUCAUUCCAUAACAAAAGAAUGCCUAGCUUGUAAUUCUGUGGCAUGAGAUAUGUAUGCUGUUAGUCAUUCACUAUUAAGUCAUAAGACUAUCAGGAACAGACAGUUGUUAAAAUGAAAAUGUCAAAUGGGAAGUUUAAGAACCACACUGACAGAAAAUUCUUUUUGUCAGAAAUCUACAUUUAUUCUUUACUCACCAGAAAGUUGCAAUAUAAAAUUAUUAAUGCCUUAUUAGUGAACCACUCAGGAACUUGGACCAUUUUCUGAGCUCUGCUGGUAUUCAAGGAAUGCUUACCAGAUGCUUACCACAUACUACCUGUUGGGAGGAAAGGGUUAAAACCAGCAGAUUUGGUGAGGAGGGGGGAAUAGUUUGUGACCUUGAAGCUGGGAUUGCUAAAAACAUAAGUGUGGGAAAAAAUAUGUCCAUUAAUAUUAUGUCUCGUGUGAUUUAUCCUCUGCCUGUUUAAGUGGAAUUGCUGUGGAGACACAACACACUCUCACAGAGGUGCACAAAGCCUUUUGCAGCAGUGAGGCAGGCAGAGACCCUCCUGCUGCCCACUAGGAUGAGCUAAGCCCAACAGAGCCUGUGUCCCUGUGUGUCUCUGCUGCUCUGCAUUGUGAACAAGGUAAUUAAAUAAAUCUCCUCUUUGCAUUUUA